AAAAUUGAAGUAAAUGAGUAUGAAGCAAGAGGAAGCAGCCUAAGUACGUAAAUCAUCCAGAUAAAAGAAAAUGACCGAGAACUUUAAAGAAAUGCUUUAAGAGAUCAAGGAACAAAAACCAUCUGCCAAGAAAUCAGAUUAAAAAUAAGACAAGUGCUAAUAAAAGAAAGUAUAAGAAUAAAAGAAAGUGUAUGAGUAUGGACAUAUGACUGAUUGGCUUGAUUGCAUCUAUCCACAUGAUAAUGGAUAAACAUUCGACUUGGAAAUAUAAUUCUGUGUAUUAAAGCCAAAAAAACCAACCAUCAAAAAGCCUAAAAAGGAAUAAUCUGAAGAGGGAAUAAUGUCUUUAAUUCAAAACUUAUUAACCAAUCUUAAUCAGAAUCCAGAACAAAUGAGGAGACAGAGCGAAUAGUAAAUAUAGAAGGUCCAAACAACUAAUGAUGGUAUCGUAGUAUACCAUCCUUACUUUAAGAAAAUUGAAUAUCAAAGCAAGAAACCACAGUAGAUUGACUAGAUUGAACCAUCUAUUGAGUUAGACAGUCUAAAAUAAAAAUUUGAAACUAUCAAAAAGACCUUUAGACCAUUGAUACUUAUUUGAUUCGCAAUUAAAUAUAUAUGACAUAUUAAUACAAAUUCUAGUUAUUA